UUUUUAAUGCUUAGGAAUGCACUGCUGGAAACUGAUGGAACCCCAGAAGUUAUGACCAUAAUACAGGUGUUUACACAGCUCUUCCUUCAGGUUCAUCAGAAUGAAAACAAGCAGCAUAAAUUUCCACUGAAGGCCUACUUCCCUUACCAUCACCAGCCUCUUGUAACAGCUUUACUCAGACGUCCUUCUGAACUGCCAGCUACACACUGGCCCCAACACUUGAAACACAUUUCGGAUAUGCUCAAAGCAUUAGUGGAAGAAGCAAACAUUAGCUCUCUUGCUGACCUUUUUGAAAUCUGGUUUUUGGUUGCUUGUUUUGGAGAAUGGCUGGAUAUUGCAGCAGAACAAUUACUGAAGGCUGCUGUAGAACCAGAUGCUUUGCUGUGGCUGCUGGCUUUUUACUACUGUCCUCAGAAUGAAAAUCAACAAAGGAUGCAAACAAUGGUAGAAGCUCAAGCAGUCUACAGUCGUCUGAUAGUGCUCUUCAGCUGUACAGACCUGUCUGUCAGAGAUGUGGAGGCUGCUGUACACGCUGUAACAGACGUAGAGCGGUGUUGUAGCCAGCAUCUUAUAACACAUCUUCUUACCAACUUUUUGCUCUUUUCUUCUGGUGGACAUGUAAUUGCCCAGGAAUUAAUUUCCCAUAUUACUGAGACAACUGGUACAAGCAAAGAAGUUUGUAGCCUUCUUAUCCGAACUGCACACAGAAUUAACCGUACUGCAGAAGAAAACCAAAGGACUGUGAAGCUGCUGAAUGAACUUCUUCAAAAACUAACACUGAAAGUUUAGGUUUUUAAUGUCAUCUAUUUAUCAAGCCAACAAAUGAGAUCUUUAUCCAGGUGUCA